AUAUUCAAAAAGAGCGUCUCUGCCCUGCUGCAUUAAAGUCGGAUAGCGGACCAUGGGGAGAAAAGGAAAAGUUUUAAUUCUGAGAUGUUAGCGCAAUGACUUUUUAGUAACAAUCAUAUGGGACGAGGCUCCCCGGCGUGAGGAGGGCAGGGUGAUUUACAGGAAGAAGCGACACCGACUGCCGGGGCAGGGUGAACGGGACAGCGAGAGAACUUGGGAGAGUUGAGACGAGUACAACAGUCAGCGGUGGAAAAUCCAGCUUUGCGCCUAUUGAUUUGAAAGAUGAGCUUGCUGUCUGCCAUAGAUACGAGCGCCUCCGUGUACCAGCCCGCGCAGCUUCUCAACUGGGUCUAUCUCUCCCUGCAAGACCCCCACCAGACCAGCGCCUUUGACGCGUUCAGACCCGAACCCAACUCUUCCCACACGGAUCUCAACUUCAGCAAGACUCCCGCAGCGGCGGACCUGAGCACUUCCCUGAACUCCAACUAUCUCAACAACUUUUUCCAGCUGCAGCGCAAUGAGGCCAUAAACAACAACGUGUAUAAGAAUGUAUCUCCCUAUGGAUCGCUGAACAACAUCGUGGAUGGACUCAACUCCCUUACGGACCAUUUCUCAGACCUUUCCCUUUCUUCAGAGCCGAGGAAACCCAACAAAAGACCCCCACCCAACUACCUGUGCCACCUGUGCUUCAACAAGGGCCAUUACAUCAAAGACUGCCCUCAGGCCAGACCCAAGGGGGAAGGACUGACACCCUACCAAGGGAAGAAAAGAUGCUUUGGCGAGUACAAGUGCCCCAAGUGUAAGAGGAAGUGGAUGAGUGGCAACUCCUGGGCCAACAUGGGACAGGAAUGCAUCAAAUGCCACAUCAACGUCUAUCCACACAAACAGCGACCUUUGGAGAAGCCGGAUGGCCUGGAUGUGUCUGACCAGAGUAAAGAGCAUCCACAACACCUGUGUGAGAAAUGUAAAGUCCUGGGCUACUACUGCCGCCGCGUGCAAUAAUCAUCUCUACCCAGAGGGAAAGAACUUUGCCAUCAUAACUCAUGUUAUCUGCCUAUUGACAAGCAGGUCUUCCCUUCUUGUCCACUCUGUUUCCAGACGGUAGCUCUAGUCCUCUCUUUAUUUCUGACACCUUCCUUCUGUAAGAUCAGGAUCAUUCAUCUUGCACGCUUUCCAACAAAUUGUAAAACCAUGUACUAGGAACUGCAUUACUCCAAAUGUAUAUUUAACUCCAGCAAAUUAAUGUAUCGAUGAAUUAGCACCAAGCAUGUGUCGUAUUGGUGUCACUGACAAUAUGUUUAGUGUCAAUACCUCACCUUGGGGUUCGUUGGCUUUGUGUUUACAGAGAUCUGCUUUCCUUUUUCUUGCCAAGUGAAGUAUGCGAUGUGGUGAACAUUUUAGUCAGAGGGCUCUAGCGAUGGUAAAAUGAAAAAGAAGGCCUUCGACCGCUCGUUUUAGGGGUCAGCAGCACAUCUUACUAACUGUGAAUUAAUUGAGGGAUAAAGUGCCAUACAUCCCGAGCUUACAUUUCACAUAUUUAUUUCCUUUUCUUCUAGUGUGCAAUUUGAAUUUUAACUGGGACAUAUGGAAUAUUUUUUUUCUAUGUUUGUGUAUCACAUUGUGUUACUGCUUCCAUGUGUAUUUAGGAACUACUGUAGGUUCAGUCGUAUAGCGUCGCUCCUCAGAUGGAUUUUUGAAAAUGUUGACAGAAGCGGUUUCACCGAACCCCUCUAGGGAUUUUUCUUUGCUUUGCAAAUUUGGAUAUAGCUGUAUUGAGCAGCAGCAGAUGUUGGACAGAUUACUGUAGUUUCAAAUCAAAAGAAGAGUCAAUCUAUAGUUUCAGUCUGAAUAUGAUCUUGUUAAACAGUAUUCUUUAUAGCAAUGAAGUUCUUGCCAUUCUUUGAAUUGAAUUAAAAUUUAUAUAUAUAUACACUAUAUAUAAAAAGCUUAGAAGUUAAACUGUAGCAUUUGACAAGCCAGUAAAUGAAUUGAAAUACAUUGUAGUUAUAUCUGGUAGAUAUUUCCAAUGCCUUCACCAUUGUGUCCAGUAGCUAACUGAAUAGGGAGGCUAUGCAGGAAGGCUAAAGGUAUGGUUCAGGGUAUUUGAAGAGAGGUUUUGUUUAAAAGUUAUGAUGCCUGCUUGCGUUUUUAUUUUGUAUAAAUCCAAAUUAGCUGAAUCCAUAGGCUGAAGCUAACCGCUAGUCUGAGAGGGGACAGCAGUUUGUAGGAAAAAUGUCUGGUAGGAACCUUUAAAGUGCUAUCACUUUUACAGUGGGGGUUAUCUGCACAGGAAGAUUAUUGGUGCUCUGUCUCCUACUUUCAUUAUUUUCCUAAUAUUAAAAAUAAUUGACUUUUGUGUAAAAGCACCCCAAUGUAAACAAUUUAAGGGUUUUCAGGUUCACUAAGUAGUGCUGGCUUAAACAAAAAGUUUUGGAUUUGGGAGUGCGCAUGAGCUGGUUUCUGAUAUUUAAUCCUCCUGAGGUUUCAAAGAUACAGUUUCAGUACCGGUAAAUGUUUCCAUUAUACCGUUCAUUCAGUUUAAAAUUUUUAUGUUGAGAUUCAAAAGAGACUGCAGAAGUCACCAGCAUCUUCUUGGACAGUAUGGAGCAAUAAGUAUCUUUAUACUGCCCCUCCCCCACAUGUUACUGUGGACUGCCAGAUGUGUGGCUGAAAGAAGGAUACUAACCUUCCCAAUUUUACUCUACAAAGUAAAAUCAUAAAAUCAAAAGGAAGUAUAAGAACAGAAAAACUACUACUAAAUCUUAUGGGUGCUUUUUAGAGUUUUUAAGUCUAUUAAAAUAACUGUAAGCAUUUGUAAAAUAUAACAUUAUUAUAGCAAUAAUUAGCAAUAUGUUAAUUAUUUAGCAGCAGUUAGAAUAAUUGUCGCUCUCCUGUUAUAAAUUAAUUAGGCAUGAAAUGUUUUUUAUAUAUAUUUUUUGUUCAUUUUUGUGUAAAUACUGCAAUACUAUAGUAUUGUCACUCAAACUUAUCAUACUGUGAUAAUCUAAUACUGGCAUGUGCCUUGUGUAGGAUGGUAGCUGUUCGCUUUGGUCUUUGCUUUUCUUUUAGAAAGUUAUCUACUGCUGGUAAGAUGUUGGUUAAUUAUAACUUUUUGAUGGAACCUCACUUUGAAAAUCCUGAAGUAUCUGUUUUAGCUCAGAAUAAGUGCAGAGAUAAUUUAUAAGUGGAGGAAUUGAAUUUGAACUUUGGCUAAGUGAAAGGCAAAGCUGAUAAUUGUUAUGUAUACUGAAAGUGAUGUAACACAGUUUUUCAGUGCCUUCUAUCAUAAGCUUUGUGACGUCAGGAGGUAUUAUCAAACUGUACAUCUGAAGAAUUACAGAGGGAGUUUUAUAUUAGUUUCAAAUGAUUGGAAUCUACCUUUAAAGGAUUCUCUUCCAUGCGAGUUGUGAUCCCCAUUACAUGUACUGUAUCUGAAGCCUUUUAAACGCUGGUUGAGUAUAUUUUUAUACUGUAACAUGUACGUGCCUUCAAAAGAUUUCCAAGAGUAAAGGGUAAGUGCCGUGGGCUCAGAGGUGGAACUGUGUAUGUGCUAACUGAUGUUCAGAAAGUCUGAUGGAGGUUCAAGAUGUGACAAAGGAUGAGAAAAAGAUUAAAGCCCCUCUGUUAGCGGUUGAACUGGCAUGGCGGGUGUUUGCUUCAGAGCAGUUUGCUGGACCAGCGUUUCCAGCUGGCAAUAACAAUCCCACUGUGGUCUGUUGUCAUGGAAUAUCAACAUAGAUGUUAUUUCUUUUUAGAUCCUCACAACAGAACGAAAUGCUUAUAAAACUUUGGACCUCACGCUUUGUUUUGUUUCUCCUUAUAAUCUGUUGUGGUUGCAUUUAUCCAGGAAAAUAUUGUUUUUGUCAAAACAAAAAAAACCAUCCACAUUUACUUGCAGUAUUUGGAGUCAUACUGGUACAUUGCUGUGUGUGUGGAAAUGAAGCUAAAUGCCAACUUUUCAGUUAAAAGGGCACUCCAGGGAUUUAGUUCACAAAGCUGAAAGGCUUAACACUAACAAAAGCAAAUGUCUUAUUCACUUUCAGUCACUUGGAAUAAACUCAAAAUCCCACUAACUUGUUUUCCAUAUGGUCCCAUAACAUAAUCUUUUAUAAACUACACUGCCUGUUCAAAGAUGACAUCACACCUGGCAUUAACUUGUGUGUUUGGGAUGAUUAAAUCACAUAUGGAGAGCUGGAAGUACAUCGACUCAUGCCUGGCAUAAAUGUGAUGUAAUCUGAUUUCCCUGCUAAAUACAAUUAGCUUACAGAAUAUUUGUUUGCAAAGACUAGAUGGUUUUUGUUUUUUUUGUUUAUUUUACCAGUUUCAUUCCUCAUCUGCUUGCAAUGAAAUGCUUAUGCAAACAGUUGGCACCUAAUUGUAGCACAAAACUUGUUGCUUAUUGAGUACUAAAGGCAUUUGGCCAUAUGUCUACAUAAAGACCACCUCUUACUGUGCUAUUAACAGUAGGAUCACAUUGCAUUCACAGGACAGGUGUAAAGAUCCCUUGUGAUUUGAUUUCCUGUGAAUGCCAUGUGGUAUCAAUGGUCAAGAUGCAAAUAUUAGAGAUCUCCAACCUGUUGCUGAUCAUUUUCACCAAUUCUGAGUUCUUUAAGAGCUGCAGAAAAUAAAACUGUCUUUUUUUGUACUUCCCGCAAUCGAAAUAAAAUGCAAUUAAACAUAAAACUAAACAAUGAUUUUCUCCAAAACCAAAGUUAGAACACUGAAACUUAGGAUUUCUAACUGUAAACAGCAGUCUCUUUGUGUGCAUUUGAUGUAAAAAUGAAUGGACUUUUAGCUGAUUUCCAAAACAAAGCCAACUCUUUCAACUCCAGUACAUUUCAUAACAGGCAAAACUGGAGCCAUUAAAGAGGAAAAAACAAAGGAACUUAAUUAAAUAUGUUUGGCUCCCUGUUAUCUGCAAAUGUCUCGUUCCCUGUUUAAAAGUAGCAGUAGGAAGGAGGAGGCAAAAUGUCUAUAGAAAGUUGUUCCUUUCUGGAAUCUUCUCACACCCUCUGUGCUUUACUUUAUAUCACCUUAACAAUACUGGAACAGCUGAGUCUUCUUUCCUCCAUUACAACUUCCACACUCAAGAGUGUUGUUAGUGUAAACAGUUGACUUAGCUAUGACACCUUGACUGACAUGAAAAAUGAUCAGGUUUAUAGCUUUUUAGGGAUAAAGUCAGUCCUAGUCAUCAGUUGUCUUUUUGAUGCAUUUCUACUUAAAACUCAGAAGCCUUUUAAUUGAUAUUUCCAGAUGAAGUGAGAUUACGUGUCAUUAGGAUGCUGUUGACGUAAUUUUCUCAGUCUUGAAAAGGUGUUGCUUUUUCAAAACCUGAGAAUGUGCUAACUUUAUUUAUUAAACUGGCGGAGUGCCCCUUUAAACAGAAGAUUUGGGAUUUUUUAAAAUUUUUUAUCUUUUGUCAGACUCCUUACAGUCAUCCGUUAAUGGGAACAAUCCAUUUGUCUUACUGUUAAUGUUCUCCGUUUGCUUUGUUCAGUGACACUAACUGGUUUGCCAGACUACAUACCAAUGUUGCCUUAUAAAUUAACCUCAUGAGUAACAGUGUUAUUAUGGGAGAAGAAAAUCCCAUCAGAAAGUUUGGUUCCACACAGAAACGGGACAUAAUGGUGCCAUUAUAAAUGACAUCUCUAGAAUCAAAUGAUGGAAGACAUUAAAAACAGAGAAUGAACUUGUAGACUAUUUUGAAUUUUCUAGUACAUCAUCAGAUCAGAAUUAGCUUUUUGUUUUCUAUAAAUAAGAUGUGUAUUUUGGAAACAUUACUAGAUGUUGAAAUUUCUAAAGCAAUCUGCAACUUAUUUCCCUGACGAAGAUGUUUUAUGUAUAUAUUUGAUGGCCAUGAGUUCCGAUGUUUAUCAAUAUAUAGCUUUUUUUUGUUUGUGUCUAUAAAGAAGGGCCUAUUGCUGAGAAAUAAUCAAAGCUGGGAAAUUGUUUUUGUUUUAUUUUACACUCGUCUGGAGGAAUAUCCUGCAGAAAUAUUUAUGGACUUUUUACAACACUUUUUGUAUAGAAUAUGCAACAAAGUUUCACGAAGAAGGAAAUAUUGAUGUCUACAUAGAAUAUUAUUAGAGAAAAAGCUGGUACAUAAUUAAUACCCUUUCUCAUUUAUAAGCCAUUGUAUUUUCCAUGUGGUAGCAGUGUUAAAUAACCCACAUAGAUAUGCGACUAACCCGCCUUAAAGCCGUAUGUAUUCUUUUUGUAAACACUAAUAUGCAAAUUCAUUGUGUUAACAUGCAGAGAUGAUGUUUUUGUUGUUUCUUAUCUAGUGAUGGAUAUUCACCACUGUAUAAGCACAUUAAACUGUGAGAUGUAGUUUGCUUAAAGCAGCAACGACAGGAAACUGUUAGAAAAAAAUGUAUUUGUAGAUUAGGACGUGCUAUGCUUUUGUCAGGAAGGUGUGUUUGACAAAUAACUGUCCCGAGUUUGCAUGUGCAUGUGUUUGGAUCUGGAUGAAAUAUUACUUUGUGCAAUUUACACUUAUUUAAAUCCUUUACAGUAGUUUUAACAUUAUCAGCAACGUUAGUCCUGAAGUAUUUCAUUUAACAGAAGUGUAUCCUCUAUGAUUAACACAUAUUUACUGAAUGUAAUGUGUUAACACUUAAAUGUGGUCGAGCUGGAACGUUCUGUUUCUCUCUGUGGGGUGUGUGCGUGUGUGUGUGUGUGUGUGUUUGUGUGUAUCUCUUGAGAUGUUUGCAAUGCAAUAUUGCAAUAAUGUUAUGUUUGAAUUGGACGGAACACAGGCGAGAGGUGAAUGAUUUUUUUAUUUUUUAUUUUUUUGGGAAAUAUGGACCGGAGAGGUUUGGAGCGUCGGCCACAGGUUUUUCACGUCCAUGAAACGGCAUUCCAAAAUGUGCCUUAUUUGAUAGAUGGGAAAACAUUUUAGUGCUUUGGAGCUGUUGAGAGCUUGAUGAAUAAAAGGCAAAUUUAUAUCUGC